AUGAACAGUGAAAAUUCAAAACCGGAUACAUAUUUAAAUCAUCGACGACGAUCCAUUGUACGUGAAUUUCUUGUUUCAACAUCCAUUCAUGGUUUACCAGGCAUUGGACGAGGAUAUAAUAUUAAAAACUUUGUUUUUUGGUUAAUAUUAUUCGUUAUAUUUUUGGGUGCUAUGGUUUAUUUUGUAACAGAAACAAUUAUAAAUUAUUUAGAAUAUCCGUCGCAAACAAAAGUUGAACUUGAAACAAAAUUUCCAAUGUAUUUUCCUGCAUUUACUCUAUGUAACAUCAGUCCUGGUCGCUCUGAUUUAUUUCUUCCAGCUUUUCUUAAUUGGACAACUAGUCAACAGUUGUCAUACAUAAAUGAUUCAACAACAUUUACAGCAUAUGAAGCACAAUUUUUUUUACAAUUUCUAAUUGAUCAAGUGAACAAUGGUGAAGCAGAUAUAUUAGCUACGUAUUCAUUUUCUUUAGACGAUAUGUUAAUUAAUUGUUCUUAUAAUGGUCAUCUAUGUAACAAAUCAAAUUUUAUUCAAUUUUCUACAUCGAGUUAUACAUGUCAUACAUUUAAUGCUAAAACAGAGAAUCAAUCAAUACAUUUAACAACAGAUUAUGGUGGAGAAGGUGUUCUACAACUUGAACUGUAUAUUCAUGAACAGAUUUAUCUUCCCUAUGUCACAAGUGGUUAUGGAAUUAUAACAAAAAUACAUGACAAUACUCAAUUACCAAGACUUGAAUUUGAAGGUGGUAUUGCACUCGAACCCGGGAAAAAACAUACAUUAACAUAUACAAAAAAACUGAAUACAUAUCUCGGUUCACCUUACACAAGUUGUACAACAUACGUUCCAGAAGACAUGAAAGCUUACUUUGAACGAUAUGGUAAUUCUCACUAUGAAUAUUCAAAUCUUCUUUGUUGGAUAAUAUGUCAGCAAUCGUAUGUGUUUGCUCAGUGUGGAUGUGGUGAUCCAUCGGAGUGGAACGCACGCACUUAUUUUGACAAUAAAAAUCAUAGUUUAGUUGUUGGUAAACUAUGUAAUGUAACUGACACAUGUUAUAGUACACAAAGGGCAAUAUUUCUUAAUAAUGUCACACUUCAGGGCAUAUCUUGUCCAUUGUGUUCCAAUUCCGAAUGUGAAAUUAUUUCAUUUGAUAUCCAAGUAUCCGCUUUCAAAGCAGUAACAACUUGGAAAAAAGAUUCAAUUAAACAAGCUGUGGAACAAAUGAGUAAUAGUUCAUUUAACAACAGACCAAUAGCUUUACCUGAUGAUUGGAGUACAAACUGGACUAAUUAUAUUGAUAAGAAUUACGUUAAUAUUCAAGUUAUUCAUGGAUCUUAUCGUGUUGAAACAUAUACAGAAAAACCAACAAUAUCAUGGUCUCAAUUGGUUAGUACCAUUGGCGAAUAUGUAGGGUUGUGGAUUGGUGUUAGUGUUAUUUCAUUCAUCGAAGUAGCAGAGCUGAUAUAUCGUCUCAUACGCCGUCAUUUUGCCUAA